AUGACCACGAAGAGAACGUUCGACCAAGCUGGACUUGGGGACGAAGAGAAUCAGGCCGUGAAACGGCAAUCGGGCGAGGAUCAGUCCUUCAGCCCCGAUGACCUUUUUGGUGACCUCGGGCUUGACGUUGACGUUGAUGAUAUUCAAGAUCCGCAUCCUGAUCAGACAUAUCUUUUCAAAGCUAUGCAAUCCUCCAACCAAGCUCAGGCUCGUGUAUUGGAGGAUACACAAUUACAACAAGACCUGGACCCUACUUAUCUCCCAGUUUCCCUGGAAGGUAUAACAGCACACAUGAUCCCGACCAAACCUGCAUCGACAGUGGACGACGGUCUUGACCCCCUUGUCGAACGGUCGUCCGCGAGCGAUGGUGCAUCCCGGGGCAAUGAUGACCAGACAUCUCUGGAUGGAGGUGUCUCCGCCAGUCAGGUCACCUUUGACAACGGAGGUCCUGCUGAAAGCAACAAUGCACCCACUGAUAAUCCUGCUGCAGCGGCGGCUGCCAACGUACAGAUACCUCAAGAGGAAGCCCCAGCGCCGCCCAAGAAGAGAAAAGGACGCCCUCCGGGCUCUCGCAACGCCACCACCCGUGCCUCUAAGAAGAAAAAGACCAAAGAUGAUUCGUCAGAAAAGACAGAUGACGAAAAGGAAGAUCGAAGGGACGCGUCACAGGAAAUGCGCGACAACUACCUAAAGAAAAUCCCAGCCAGGCCCCUCAGGCCGGGCGAAGAGGAGGACGAGACAGAAGCAGAGCUAAGCGAAGAUGACGAAGAAAGUGAGGUGGAGGGCAGAAAAGGGAAGAAGGGGAAGAGAGAUUCCUCGCGGACCACCCUUGCCUGUGACAAUUGUAAAAUGCGGAAAGCGAAAUGCGACAAGGGGUUGUUCGGCUGCGGGAAGUGCAGGGAAAGUAAAAAGACUUGUUGGGUUACUGAUCCAAUUUGGCUUCGCACUGAGCGUCGCGGAGCCAUCAUAUUGAUGCGUCGGAAGAUCACGCAUCUGGAGUGGUGGAACAACUGUCUUGAUCAGGCAGCACGAGCACUCAGCAUCAGAGUGCAAGACCUCCUAGAACAGCUUCGAAAUGCGAAUAUAACUCCAGUUCCCGAGAAGCCUAUAGGCAUCGACAUCACUAAGCCCCUUAUGCAACAAACUAUACGUUAUCUAAAGCAGAGCCGAAGGGGCGCAAACACUCUUGAUGAAUACCCUGCUGAAUUCAAUACCCAGGGGCCUGGCGAUUUGGAAGACUUGAUAAGCUCUCCGUUGGAACCCUAUCCCGAGAACCAUCCAAAGGGGCAUCCUGAAUACAACACCCAGGGUGAACCCGACCUCGAGGACUACGUCGAUGACGGAUUUGGUGACCCGACGCCGAAUACAAUCAGGCAAAUGUUUGAACAGAAGCUCGCAAGGGGCUCAAGGGCCCAAGCACAGGGGCCCGCUGGAUCACAACAGAACGGAGCCAUGCCCGGCCAUGUUGAUAAUGGCACCAGGCCCGCGCACCCGACGGGCCGUCGUCCUUCGCAGCAGGGGACUAUACAAUAUCCCGCAACUCCCCCUGCUGCAGCUCUUGGGUGUCGUUAUGCGCAGGUAAACAUGGGCCAGCUUUCGAAGCAGGCUGGCCUGCAACAAGAUCCCACCUACAACGCUCAAUUCAAUCAGCUGCCGUCGGGCCAAUUCCCACCCAACUUCCCACCCACUACGCCUUACCUAGCCAACCAGCCCUUCUUCGCCCUUCCCCCGGGUUAUCAGCAACCCCGGCCACAACCCCAGCAGCAGCAGCAGCUGAAACAGCAACGCCAUGCUGCUCAGCCCUCCACCACCGUUCCAGCACCACCUGCGACCGAAUCCUCCAUCUCAACUCGUUGGCCCCGAUCCGAGACCUCCUCCAUGCAGGGCAAUAACAACAUGUUCGCCCAUGCUGCCCGACAGGUACACUCCAGUGCCCUCGAAGACCUCGCCAGAUACCAAUAUCAGCAGCAGCAACAGCAGCAGCAGCAGCAGCAGAUGGCCAACGCCAACCUCCCCGCCACUCCCAAGCAGCCCACCAACUACGAAACCCUUCCCCAAAUCAACACCCCCGGAUACUCAGCCCAUUAUCCCUACGAGCAGGGUAAUACAGGUCAAGACGACGCCCAACUCGCUGCCGCUGCAUAUGCCGAUCUAUCUGACCCUAAUUUCGAACGGCUUCUCACUGCAAAUGAAUAUAGUUACUAUGGCACUGACCCCGCUAUAGGAUGGUCGAGCAUACCCGGAGUCUCGGCCUACCCGCCUGAAGAUAUGAGCUUGGCUGCUGUGCCUUCUUCGUCGGCGGGUGUUUCGCAGCCUCCGACCUCGGCGGCGACUACUACUGCCACUACUGCCACUGCUUCUGAUGCUACGUCUCAUAAGAGGGCGAAGAGGGGUGGUGGAAGGAAGAAGCAGCAGCAGCAGCAGCAGCAGCAGCAGUCGCAGCAGUAA